AUGAAUGACAACCUGUUCGUCAGUUUGGACAGGCUUUUGUUGGAAUUUGUUUUCCAGUAUGAGCAAGACAAAAGUGCUAAAGAAGAUAUGAUUCAAAGAAUUAAUAAAUGCCUUGAAUGCAUUAAAGAAAAGAAAGCAAAUGUUUCUAAGAUAUGUGAAGCUAUAAAGAAAACAGAUGAGGAAAUUGCUUAUUACUAUAAACAUAGUAAAGAAAUCAAAGACUGCUAUAAUAACUGGAAGCCAACAUGUGAUGUUUUUCAUAAACAUGAAGAUUAUAUGCAAGAUCAACUCACUGUUUACCAAGAAAACAAUGAAAAAGACAAAAAAAUGUACCAUGGUUAUAUAUGUCAGUAUGAAAAUGUUUUGAAACAAUACCAACUAAAAUACUCAGAAACACGCUUUUCAUGUAAAUAUUAUGAGAAGAAAAGAGAACAUGAAGAAAUUCAAAACAGAGUGUUGGCAUGUACUGAACAACUAAAAAAGAAUGAAACUAUUCUUAUGGAACUUCUAGUUCCUGCUCCAUUCCCAUCACUUACUAAAUGGACAUUACACAUAGUUAAUUUGAGAUAUAAAACACAAGACAUUCUUAAAUGUGCCAACAAUUUUACCAAGAGAUCACUUGAAUUGGAAAAAGAAGCAGAUGAUAUGGAAAUAGAAAUUAAUUCUUUAAAUAAGCAGAUUGCAAGACUUUUUGAAAGAAAGAAUUUUUCAGAAGCUCUAGAAGAAAAGAAUAAAAAUACAGAAAAGAGAAAAGAAUUUAAAGAAAGAAUUUUUGAAAAAGAUGAGCAUGUAUUGAACAGAUCCUCUCAAAGUAGCCAGUUACUACUACCUUGUGAGUCUCAGAAAUUUGUAAGACGAAUAAAGAUGCAUUCUUCAGAACCAAGAGUUACAGAUAAAAAAGAAGAAAAUUCAGUCAAUCAGUCAAAGUUUGCUAGUAGUGAUUUGAGACAAGAAAAUGACUCACAGAUAUUUAAUUACUCUGAUAUGGAUAGUAGUUCAAAAUGUUCACAUGUUACAGCUGUUAAAAAUUCACAAGGUUUUAUGCAAUUCAGGUUUUUUUGCUACUAUGCUGAGUGUGGAAAUAAAGAGACAGGAAGACAACUAAGAGAAUCAAAAAGUACUCCACAGGCCGUGUACAUAGAACACUUUGGAAAGCCAAUAGAAAAUAAUAGUGGUGAAGAAGAAAGGACUGAGAAUUUCCCACAAACUCCUGAAACUCCUUUAUUUCCAAGAACUCCGGAAACUAUGAAGACACCUGAAUCUGUGGAGAAAAUGCAGUUCCCUAAAAGCCCCUUCUUUGAAAUUAACAGAACUAGAAAUGUAGGACCUGAAGGACAAAAACAAAAGGAUUCUCCUGGAUUCUCAUUUCUUAUGAGUUAUUCUUCUAGAUCACCUGGACUAAAUUUAUUUGAUUCUUCUGUAUCUGAUCCAGAAAUCUCAUCAGAUCAGUUUAAUGAACAUUACUCUGAAGAAAACCUAAAUCCUUCUUCAUCACAACAAGAAAUUGGAAACUUAUUUGGGAAAUCAGAAGGAGAAGAUACCUUCACAUUUUCUUUUCCCUCAGACACUUCAACUCAUACAUUUGGAGCUGGAAAAGAUGACUUUAGUUUUCCAUUUUCUUUUGAACAGGAUCAAAAUACAAUGCCUUCCUCUUCAAAAGAUUUUUCAUCCUCACAAAAUAAAACCCAAUUUAUGUUUUUUUGA